AAAACCAUUUUAGCUUUGUUCACCCCUGACGUAUUUCUCUUCUUAUAAGAUGCCCCCAAUUCAUGUCCUGAAAAUAAUGCAUCUUCUUCUAAAGGGGGGAAAUAGGGCUAGAAAAGGGCGAAAGAAAUGGAGAGCCAGAGGCAGAGGGGCCAUGUAGUGGUGCUCACGUAUCCUGCUCAGGGUCAUAUCAACCCCCUCCUCCAGUUUGCCAAACGCUUGGCCUUCAAAGGGCUGAAGGCCACUCUUGCCACCACCCCCUACACCAUCAACUCCAUCCGUGCAGACACCGUAGGCAUCGAAGCCAUCUCGGAUGGCUUCGACCAAGGCGGCUUCGAGCAUGCUCCAAGUGCAGAUGACUACUUGGAGUCAUUCAAAACUGUUGGAUCAAGGACUCUAGCAGAGCUCAUAUUGAAGUUCAAAGACUCGGCCUCUCCUGUCGACUGCCUCGUAUAUGAUUCGCAGCUUCCAUGGGGUCUUGAUGUGGCUAAGAAACUCGGCAUUCGUGUAGCUGCAUUCAUUACCGGCUCAGCUGCUCUUUCCUCCAUCUUGUGGCAUGUUCACUGUGGCGCCUUGACCGUGCCUGUGAAUCCAGAGGCCCUGCCAGUGUCGCUGCCCGGCCUUCCUCCGCUUGGCUUUUCUGAACUGCCGACUUCUCUUGUGAAUCCUUCAGGCAUGGCUGCUUAUCUUACACCCUUGAUUGAACAGAUUUCCACUUUGGAUCAACACGAGUGGGUGUUUGCUAACACGUUCGAAGAGUUAGAGAGCGAGCUAGCGAAGGCGAUGUCAAGAAUUUGGCGGGUGCUUAUGGUCGGUCCGAUGUUGCCAUCAGCCUACCUAGAUCAGCAAAUUGAGGGGGAUACAUGUUACGGGGCCAGCCUCUGGAAGUCAACUGAUGAUCAGUGCUCCAGAUGGCUGGAGACAAAGUCCCCUAAUUCGGUGAUUUAUGUGUCGUUUGGGAGCAUGGGAGAAGUUGCAGACAAACAGGUUGACGAAGUUGCCUGGGGAUUGAAAGCAAGCAAUAAGAACUUCUUAUGGGUGGUGAAGGAAUCUGAACGUGGCAAGUUGCCCGUGAAGUUUGUAGGCUCAAUAGGUGGGAUGGGGUUAGUUGUGACAUGGUGUGACCAACUGAAGGUGCUAGCCCAUCAAGCUGUGGGUUGUUUCAUAACGCAUUGUGGCUGGAACUCAACACUAGAGGGGUUGAGCCUAGGCGUGCCGAUGGUGGGGAUGCCACAGCGGGUUGACCAGCCGACUAAUGCCAAAUUUGUGGAGGUGUGGAAUGUUGGAAUGAGAGCUAAACGUGAUGAAGAGGGAAUUGUGAGUAGGGAGGAACUAGAGAUGUGCAUACGGGAAGUUAUGGAUGGCGAAAGAAGUGAAGACAUCAAAAGGAAUGCUUUUAAUUGGAGAGAAUUGGCUAUGAGAGCGGUUAGUACAGGGGGGAGCUCAGACAAUAUCAUUAACAAAUUUGUAGAGGUGUUGAGAGAGGGAAGGCAAAACUGACUGUUGUUUGUAUUGAUGAAUCAAGUAGACCGUUUCCUGUGUGAAGCAUAUAAAUAAUGCAGCUCUAUAGAAUGCUUUUCAAGGUUA